AUGGCUCACCUCCAAUUCGACAACAAGCGUCACUACCCGACCAACAUCGAGCACUCCCCAAUGGACGCAUCACUGACGCCAGUGAGCACCCACAACGGCACGUUUCAGGACCAGCUUGCGUGUACUUCAUAUGCCGAGCCACAUUAUCAACCGUCCCCUUGUGUGGGCAUCGUCGAACCAUUCCCUCAGGCCCCUCAUGGUCUCGGUCUCUUCAUCGACACCCACGAUGCCCUGGUCCCUACUGUCCACCCUCCAACACCGAUAUCAGCAAACCCUUGGAACGCGACCGAUCUAUCGAGCCCACUGAACGAUCAGCAGCGCCUCGACUUCUACCUCCAGGUUUCAGGUCCCCCGUCGACAUGGGAGGCCACACCAGUCGUUGACUGCAGUCAGCUACAGGCUGGGGUGUUCACACCAUGUUCCAACUAUCGAACGAACAGGUCGCAUCGAUCCUCCAUCUCCUCCACCUACUCCAGUACGGACAGCAUCCUCACUUGCUCUCGAGGAUCGCCGCUCCCUAACCCCGUGAAGAUUGAAAACGUCGAGAACUGGCAGCUAACGACUCCGGAGUUUCCCUCUACUCCUCAAGGACGGAACCUUGUCCCUUCAAAGGUCAACCCGCCGUUCAUUCCUCACUCCGCGCCACAUUCGGCGCAUGUAUUUUCGUACGUCAGUCCUGUCGCGUUGCAGGAGAUGCGCCCGCAUUCAGACUGCGCAACCGAUCCGUUCUACUGGCAGAAUCGUCGGUGGAGUGACUCGUAUUCUGCGGAACGAAUCAAGGCGGAAGCACUCCACGCCGUUGCGCGGACUCGAAAAAAGAGAAGACACACCACCCAGGCGGAGUCGAAGUUUUCAUGCGAUCAAUGCGGGAAAUUCUUCAAGCGGAAGCACAACUUUACUUCUCACUGCAAUACCAGGCAUAACAAAGACACUGUCGGGCUCCGGCCGUUUCCUUGCAAUGCGUGCGAUCGAGCAUUCAAGAGGAAAGCGGAUCUUGAGCGACACAGGACGAACGUCCACAUCAAAUCUCUCGAGCAUAAGCAUGUCGAGAACGGGGGCUGCAAGACACUCAACGAUCUUGAACGGCAGCAGAGCAUCAGCGCAAGCCCUCUACCACCAACGCCAAUGUUCUAAGCGAACGACAGCAAUUUCGAAAUGCAAAUUCUAACCAUUAUCCAAUCCGGAAUGGAAGCAUUUACAAUCACCAACAUUUAGAUUUUUGUCGGUAACGAAUCACGAGCCGAUACACAUGAAAAAGGAUGUGCAUCAAAGUUGAACCCGAGUCGGAGGCCGCUACGGAC